AUGCGGCCUCUGUCGCCUUUUCGGCAGCGUCUCACGAGGCACAGGGGGCGGCAGGAAGGACUCCGCCAUGCAGGGAUGCCUCGUGGGCGCCGCCAUGUUAUUCCCAUGCGGUCGUGGGCGUGCAUGCCGCCAUGUGUCUCGCACGCGCGCUAUUGCCCUCGUGGCUAG